UAUUAUGCUUGUCUGUAACCCUGUGGACUGUUUUUCUCGGAGUACUGCAGCAACACCGAACUAGCUAUAAAUCACAUUGCAUUAUCACCGCGCCGUGUUUCGCUCGCGCUUAGCCCGCCCACCUCGCGCUUCUGAUUGGCCAGUAAUACUCGUUGGUCGGUCUUUACAAACGGGACAUCGGUGCAAUCGUAUAUCCCGCCUCCUUCUUGUGGGUCUGUGAUUGGGAGAAAGGGACUCUCCUUGAACUGUCAAUCAUGCGCUUUCCUGUGCGCCUCGCAUUCACUGCUGCUGCCUGCGACGCGCAGAGUGCGGAGCGACGAGACGCGCUGCAUACCAACAGAGACAUACAGGAGCGGGCUAAUUACAGCGUAAGUGACGACUUGCGACUGGUCGGGACCCACAGAUCCCAUCCUGUUCACUGUCAAAAAAAAAAACAUUUAUGUCAAGUCACUGGACAGUUUAAAUCUUACAUUUUUUUCCCAUGCAUUUUGCAAAAUAUUUUCUCUUUUCUUCGAGGCACUGAAAGCCAAACUAAGUGUUUGGUAUAUUUGUUUUUCCUGCUCUAAUAUUUUUUCUGGUUGAACGAUUCUAUACGGGAGAAGAUAAACAGCCCUCUCCGCAUCUCUCUCCGACGGGGGUCAUCAAAAGGAAAAGUCAAGUGGAUAAGAAUGCUGUUAUCGUCCGGUCACAUGUAGAAGCGUUGGACUACUGCUGCUGACAAUCAUCUACUGGCUCGUUUUUAUACACAGAUUCCCCGCAACGGUACCAGAAAAGAGGAAUAUCAAGGCAUUUGGCUUCAAAAACAAGCAGAAAAUCAAUCAGAACUCCAUCAUGGGCUGCCCCCUCUUGCGGAACGCGUUUGCUGGUUUGAUGCUGGUUCUGCUGUCGAAAUGGUUCAAUGUGCACGGAGCAGAAUUCGGACACCUGCCGGACAACAUUACAAUACUGGAAGGAGAAAGCGUCACUUUGAGAUGUCGGAUCGACGAGGAAGUGAUCCAGGACCGCUCUAACAUCUUGUUCACGGGAACAGACAAGUGGUCUCUGGACAAACGUGUGACACUGGUCAACAGCAACAACAGCGACUUCUCCAUCCACAUCGACAAGGUGCAAGUAACCGACGAGGGGCCCUACACCUGCACCUUCCAGGCCAACAACAAGCCGCGCAUCGCCAACGUCUACCUCAUUGUCCAAGUGCCAGCCAGAAUCGUCAACAUCUCCAAAAAUGUGUCAGUGAACGAGGGAGAGAAUGUAAACCUCUACUGUCUGGCAGUUGGUCGGCCUGAGCCCACAGUCACCUGGAAAGACCAGAAAUAUGGGCUGGUGAGUGAGGGGGAGUUCCUAGACAUCACUGAGAUCAAGAGGCAGCAGGCGGAGGACUAUGAAUGCAUCACCAACAAUGGAGUGGCUCCGCCCGAUCAGCGCAGAGUCAAGGUCACGGUCAACUACCCUCCCAUGAUUACAGACAAGAAGAAUAUGCCAGCCCAUUUGGGCAAGACUGCUAUCUUGCGUUGUGAAGCCAUGGCAGUCCCCCCAGCUUCCUUCGAGUGGUACAGAGAUGACCACAGGCCGGUGGAGAGUGACAACACCCUGAACAUCAAAAACGAGAAGACACGCUCACUGUUGGUGUUCACCAAUGUGACAGAGAAACACUUUGGCAACUACACUUGCUUUGCCUCAAACCGUCUGGGGGCUUCCAACGUCAGCAUGCUGCUCCUUCGACCGGAAGCCAUAGAGGGGCGAGGGAUCGGUUUACACACAGGAAUGAGUGUCGGCGUGUGUAUCUGGGUUUCCUUCUCUGCUGUUCUUCUUCUGCUGAAGGUGUAAUGAUUGACCUCCACCUGGAAUUGUCCUUAAACGUUCCUCAAAGACCCCACCCCCCCGCUCCGUCCCUCCCAUUCUUUGGAAGGAAGAAGGAAAUUAAAUUCUUUAAUUACAAACCCAUCACUGUGAACAAAAAGAAUAUGCAUUAUUCCAGGAGCCAUUGAAUCAUUGCAUCAAACACAGUACCACAUCACCUCCCUUCAAAAACCCUGAGCACCCUCAAUUCAAUUUUUAGGUCAACUCAUCGUCAUAAUCUGUUUUUAUUCUCUCUUUCUUCUCUCACACACACACAGUCCCAGAAUGCCUUGCAGAUUUGUCUGACUUGGUACUUUGCUCCUCACCUUGUUUCCCCUCAUCAUUACCACUGGACUGAUGUUGAUAGAGUGUAUAUUAAUAAUUACUGUGUCAGUGAUCAAUGAGAAAAUAGAUAAUCUUACAACUGGACGAUCAUUUAUGUAAUAUAUUACAUAGACUAAUGACUGACCUACAAUGUUUGCCUUAUGGAAAUUAUACAUAAAAUCACAAUAUUAUGGUGGAUAUUUAUGGAAAUGAUAGUUACAAUGUGCUACUGGUGGUCAUGUGACCUUUGGAAAAAUGUCCGAUUGGUGACCAUGUGAAGUGUCACCGUUUGAUCACACACACAAACAUAUGGCUUUUUGAUUUUAACUGUGUAGCAGUAAAGCUGCUAUGAAUGAUGUCAAAAUGUAUUUAAAAAAAGGGUGGGUGGUGAUGGCGUCAGUCUUAAUGAUAGUUUAUACCAGUUUCGCAUGUUGACGCCCUCACUACCCAAACCUUUUUAACAACCCCUCUCCCCACCCCUCUGUUCAGUGUGCUCUGUCUACUUGCCCUUCACAUCGCUAGUGUUCUGUGGUCCAUGCCACCCCCCCACCCCACCUUCUCCACUGUAAAUAUAUACAAUACAGAGGCUGGCGGCCUCAAGUUGCCUGGCGCAGAACAUCUCCCAUCAGCCUCAAUUACGCUCCAGUCUUCUGAAGCAGCAAGAGACUGUCAAAUGACAACACCAUCUUCUGUUUCAAAGCUGCGGCUCCAUCCUCUUUGUCGCUUGUUGAUAGCAUGUACUGGUUAGAGAUGUUCCUGUUGUGAGUUCAUACACCCUACACUCCCUCCCCUCCCUCCCUGCACUGUGUCUGUUUUACUCUGUAAGGUUACCUGCUUUUACUUUUUGGUGUUAAUAAUACUACAGAUGAUGAUGAUGUUAAUAAGUAUUUGAAUAACUAUGAAUAGUAAUUCCAUGUGAGAAAAAAAAAUGAACAAAAGCAAAUGGUAAUGAGCCGUACCUGGGGAAAAAUAAUUUUUGUACUCUGAGAAGUCACACACAUUGAACAACUACAAUGAAAAAACAAAACAAAAAAAGAUGUAAAGUUUUCAAAGUGAUGUGCUCUAUUUUGCCAUGACAAGCUUUUUAAAAACACAUUUGAAACAGUCUACAGAAUUAUUUCAUCUGAGUCCAGAAGCAGUGAGUGAUGAUGUAAUUUAUAAUUUGUAACAGCUUAUGUAUAGAACUUUUUUUGUCACACUGUUAACUGCAUCACACACACAUUCACUGCUUAUUUGUCCACUUAUCAUAGUAUGUCUCUCUCUGACCAGCUAGAUAAAUAAUCUGGAUCCAUGUCAGUCCCUGGUCAUGGCUGUAAGUCAGUUCUUGUUCAGCUAGACCGCAGCGAGAUAAAGAUGUAAUUAGCCAUUACCUGUGGCUGGCUAAGCGAAGAAGUCAGGGCUCCACCUGUCUCUUCCACCAGCCUGUGAUGGCCCCCAUAAAUCAAGAUCAAUCCUGCCACUGACAGGAAUCCUCUUCAAGGACAACCUCGCCUUGGUGCACCAGUACUCCCUCCAGUGUGUACCUGUGACAUGCAGGCAAAGCACUACAAAACUCCCAUGGCACAAUUACCCAGCCACUCCCCCUGCACAGCACAAACAGUGGGAGGUACAGUAAGCCCAUAUUUCUCUAAGGUUAGCGCUCUUUUCUCUGCUGAAACACUAUUCUACUCACAUGCAGCGACUAUAUGCAAAUUUGCCAUAAAGGGCCUGCAUGGAAAGAUGAGUUUAUCCCAACUGAACCCAGACUACUGCGAUCUUAAAGGGGAAUUACUCAGUAUUGAAUAAAUUGUCUGAGUGUGUUUUGCUUGAUUUUGUUUCAAACCAGCAAUAACUCCUAACUGUACUGUGCAAGCGGUAUCAGAUAUGAUUAAAGUUGUGGUGUAAUAUCUGGAAAAUUGCCUUUAACAAGGUAUAUCAAAUAUGUCUGUUGUUGUACUUUUACUGUGUACAGUACUCUGAAAUGGUUGUGAAGCUCUGUUUAAUAGCCCACUAAUCUAAAACACUACAUGUUGUAUUCAAGACGUCUUGCCCUCCGCGAUGUACUUGGGUUGUCCAUGUGACUGAACACACACUGUUUGUUUAUGCAUCUUGUUGCUCCAGAAAUAAUGACGGGAUUCCAUUUCAAGCACAAGAGCAGGUCUUUCAGUCAGCGCUUCUUUUUUCUCUCUCAGUCACUUUUCUCUCAUUAUCUUUGUCUUUCAUGCUGUCUUUUCCAUUUCUCACUCACACUGUUCCAUGUCAGUGUCCCACUGGGUUUGUCAGUGGCAUAUAACAUCUGUAUGUACUGUACAUAAUCUGUCCUUGGCGAAGAAAAAAGAAUCAAAAGAUCAAAAAAAGAACAAAAAAUAACAUUCUGUCAUGUUUCUCAAUGUGGGUUUGAAAAAAGCAUGUCAAUAUUUGUCUAUGGAUGGAUUUUGGGGAGAAAAAGUAAACAUUGUAUGUUGUGUUUUGGUUUAUGGGUAACGGGUCCAAACGGAGGGGGAUUCCACAUAUAUCAUUUGAAAUAGUGGAGUGGUGAUAAACAGAAUGUGGGCAUUUGUACAAAUGAGCAGCAAAAGAACAUGUUUUCAUGAGUCCCUUAUGUAUAUAAAUGAGUCUUAUUUAAGGUGUGAUAGAGGAGGACAAGAAAAGGUGGGGCAAGAAGGCAGCAGAUCCCCAAUUUGAGGAUGCUGUUGAGAAAGAGCCCGGUCUGAUGGGCCUGUGGGAGGAUAGCCUGACAAUGUAAAUCCAAACGUUGAGAGCCAGAGGGAGAUGGGAUGACACUAACCAGACAAUGAACUCUCCAUUUAGGGGAAAAAGACAGACAGCCGCUUAUAUUGCAUUUCCAAACUUGAGUGGUGUGGUCCUUCUCAGGGGAAGUUGUACCACACACUAUUUAUGGUUGCACCAUGUAAUAGGAAUAGUAUUAACGUAGGCUUGAUCACAAACACAGUCUGGCCUACUUCAAGUGUAUAAAUAACACCCCAUCUGGGGUUUAGUGAUUUUACAGUCAUAUAAACAAGAUGUUUGCUCGGCCCCUAAUUACAUUCAGUGCACCCUGAUGAGAAAGCGUUGACUGGCUCCUGCAACUGAAGGUUAUGAUGAUUUGUUUACAGAAUUUUUGCUAAAAAGGUGCCAUGAAACCAUUUUAGAGCUAACAAAAGGAGCACGUAGUGCCAGUUUACAGUACAUAUUGUAUUGCACUUUAAUGGCUGUACUUUUGUUUGCUUUUAGUUUAAGGUAAGAUUUAAUCAAUGCUACAGGUGUAGCAGUGAGAAAAGGAGGUGACUUGAUAUAGUUGUAAAUAAAUGACAAUUUUUGCUUUUUUUAUUAACAUAUCAGUGCAGUGUUUUGAAAUGGAUUUUAGGAACAGGGAUUGUGAUAUACUUUGAAAUAGAUUAACAGUUUCAGAGCACUGUGCCUUUGCUCAGAAGAGUCAGGUAAUUACGCUUUUUAGGGUGUAAGGACAGAUACCACACAUCAUUUCUGAACUGUUGCAGCGACAGUAAAAUCAUUAUGGUGCUUCAGAGUCAAGACUGUAUAUUAGCAAAGUAAGUGUAAGCCUGGAGAGGAUUUGAAUGUACUGCUUUUUUUUUUAUGCGGCAGGCUCGGGCUGUAGCUUUUUCUAAACAUCACUACAUAGAACAGAUCCUGGACACAAUCUCCAUUCAGAAUGCAGUGGUUAAUCAAUACAUUUGAGUCAAUGGCGUUGGAAUAGAGCAAUUUCUUCCCGGCUUGCCUUACUAGGUCCCCAGAAGCUGAAUUGAUCAAGUGUCUAUGGACCAGCCUAAGAACAGAGAGCAUAAUUCAUCAUGCCUGAUACAAGACACCCCUAAUUGCGCAUCGAUUUUAAGCCUUUCUCUGAAACUAUUUGGGCAAGCUGUAAUGUCAGCUCCGUAAACUCUAUGUUCAGAGCUGUGGUUCAGAUUCAAGGAAUGAAGAAUUAAUCAUUUGUGUUUUGUUCCACCUCAGUAUAGGCUGAUGUUUAUAGUUUGUUAUGCUACAUAACAUAGUGUUAAUCGUACAUGCUCCCUUGGCUUUUACAGUGUAUGUGCAAUGUGGUAGGUGCUGUAGUGUUCUAUUAUAUUUUAUUAGUAAUGACAGAGAUGCAACCUGAUUCAUUUUGCAGUUGCCAGUAGCAGCAGGUAUUGGUACUAUGUAUUUAGUGGCUUGUUUCUGGAUGUAAAAUGCAAAGACAUAAGGCAUGAGCAUGCAAUACAUAGUAAGAAAUUAAAUGUAAGAGAGAAUAUUUUAAGAAUGUAAGACAUUGCCAGUGUUGCAGUGUCAAAGUCAGUAAACCAAAAGGACAUUCUGCGCAGAGUGACAAUUAUAUAUAAAUGAUUAUCAAUGUUCGAAAUCCCUUGUUCACGUCUUUUACAGCAAAGCACGCCUAAUUCCCAUAUAUUAUCCUAAUUAUCCAUUGUUUACCUAGCAUCUACAGGCUCAUUCGGUUCUCAUGGGCCAAGUCAAUGUUCCAAGUCUAUUAAGGCCCAGCACUUUUCCAUUACCACCGCUAAUGAGCGCAUUAGUAUACAGCAUGCUAGACAGAACUGUGACGAGGAAAGUCUCUAUAACAGUGAACUCAAUCGCACUUCAGGUGUUUGAAAUGACAUCAGAUCUGUUCAUUUAAGAGUCACUUGACAAUUAGAAGAUCAAAGUCUAGAUCAGGAUUAGUGUUCAUUAGCUGUAGUAGGUACAUAUACAGUAUAUACAGUAGGAAAGAUACAAUAAGAUAGAUACUGAUAAGAUCGAUAGAUACAGUAGAUAGAUUUAAUGCUGUAGUGUUGGUAAUUAGCUGAGUUUCUUAUGCAUAUCAUUAGGAUCAGGUACAGUAUAUAUUUAAAAUAUCAGCUUGCUGCAGAGAUGUUGGGCCACAGAGCCUCUUCCUUGCCCUCUUCCUCACUGCAGCCACAGAUGGUGUCUUGUCAGUCACUCACCCCUUUGUGAACACAAAUGUCUGGCUAAUUAACGGCGUGUUGCACUUCACGAGUUGAGCAACAGCAAUCUUCACACAGACCAUGCAACACAAUGGAGGCAUCUCACCCACCAUGUCUCCCCUAGUCAUUAAGUCGCCCACCUCACAUCUCCAACACUGAAAGAGUCCCAUUACUCGGCCUCUCUGAAUCACCAGCCCACGCCUGGCAUUUUCCUUGUCAAUCAGCCAAGGGGUAAAUAUUGGUUGUGGUGCUAAGAACUGACAAGGGAAAGUUGGAUUUCUUUCACAAGUGACAGCACCAACUGGUGUUUUUGUGCUGAAUUAUUUUUCAGUUAUGAGACAGUAGGGAUGCCAGGCUGUGGUGAAGCCACUGAUGCAGGCUGCAAGUGUCUUAUUACUGUGUAAGGUGCGCUGGAGGCUGGGAUGCAUGACAGGAUGUAUGAUAGGGGACAGUCAUGUGCUGUGCCUCAAGAGGGCAAUAACAGUGAACAGACUGCAGGAGCCCUGACUGCAGAGUAAUGGAAAAUGUCUCAUUUGGAAAAUAACAAAUUUUAACAGGGGAGAACCCACUGAUUAUAAUUGAGGGACUGAGUUGGUUUGGGUUAGUGUCGAAUGGGAAACCCAGCUCUCUCUCUCUCUCUCUCUCUCUCUCUCUCUCUCUCUUUAUCUUUUUUUUUUCUGCUUGCUCUCUCUCCCCACACACACACACACACACACACACACACACACUUUAUAUCCUUCAUUUUUCUUGUCCUCAGCUUCCUUUUCCUUGAUAAUCUGUAAAAAGAUCUGCCCUCCCACCCCUCAGCCCUCCUGGUUUGCCCACUCUGCUGUUGCUGAUAUAAAUGUGUUUGUAUGUGAGUAUGUAUAUGAGUGUGUGUAUUGGUGUGUCUAAGUGCAAGUGUGUAUUGAGUUCCAUAAGCAGCUGAUAGUAUGUGCGCAUCUGUGUCUUUGUAUUCUCUGAUCUGCACAGGGCAGGCAUGUUUGGUUCAAUCACAACACAGUCCUGAAUUACAUGUUCAGCUGCUUGUUCUCCGGAUCUCAUCAAUGUAAACACACAAAACAGAAAAAAAAAA